GCAAAAGUGUCGAUAAGCCAAUAUUCUACUGAAAUUAGCCAGAAUCUUCAGGUAUCUACAAACUCUAAUAAAUAACCACCCUCGCAUGUGAGGGUACUAUGUGGUGGUGCUGUUCUUCUUCCGCUAGCUCAGGACCGAUGGCUGCGAUACGCAAAAAAUUGGUGAUCGUCGGUGACGGCGCGUGUGGUAAAACGUGUUUGCUGAUAGUGUUCAGCAAAGAUCAGUUCCCGGAAGUGUACGUGCCGACGGUGUUCGAGAACUACGUCGCCGAUAUAGAGGUGGAUGGCAAGCAGGUGGAGUUAGCUUUGUGGGAUACGGCUGGUCAGGAAGAUUACGACCGGCUGCGCCCGCUGUCCUACCCUGACACCGACGUGAUACUUAUGUGCUUCUCGGUGGACUCGCCCGAUUCGCUCGAGAACAUCCCGGAGAAGUGGACGCCUGAAGUGAAGCACUUUUGCCCCAACGUACCAAUCAUUUUAGUGGGCAACAAGAAGGACCUACGCAACGAUCCCGCCACGAUUAACGAGCUCCGCAAGAUGAAGCAGGAGCCGGUAAAGCCGCAGGAAGGCCGUGCUAUGGCCGAGAAAAUUAAUGCGUUUGCAUAUCUAGAGUGCUCGGCCAAGAGUAAGGAGGGUGUGCGUGAAGUGUUUGAGACGGCGACGCGCGCCGCGCUACAGGUUAAGAAGAAGAAGAAGACUAGGUGUUCCCUGCUGUAAGUGUGUCGUGAUCGGGAGAACACUGAUUUAUAAAUCGUUUGCAUACUGCC